AUGGAAGGAGUUAAGGGCUCCGAAAGCCAGGGUGGCAGGAUCACGGAGGUGGCUGCACUUGGUGUGGGGUCUGCCAGCCGAUUGCAAGACGGGCAGAACCUCUUUGCCCAGCGAGGGUGCUGCAAACGCCAAGCUAAGUAUGUCUACAUUGGACACGACAUCUCUGGUAGUCCAGCAAGUAUCGAUGUAGGCGUGUGCAGGACCCAUUGUGGGGGUCCCCAAAAGAUGACGUCCUACUUUGCAGGGGUCCUUGGCCUCUCCAGACAAUCCUCUAUGCUGGAGUUCCUUAAAACCAAGAAGCUCCAGGACAGGUUCUCAGGACCCCUGCUGUCUAAUGGAGCUGACCGUUCCUGCCAGCCGGAUUACCACUGUGAGCCUAGCAGCGUCCGGGUGGAGAACGUGCUUCUUCUUGCGGGUGUGGAGCAAGUGGAGGUGAUCGAGGGCUGCCACUGCAGCCCGAGCCCGGCCGAGUGUCUCCGGUUGCCGUCCUUAAAAACCUUCUUCCCGGACUCUCCUCUGGAGCGGACCAUCGAUGUUGGCAAGUGCUCCAGCCCACCGCGUUCAGAAGAUGGGCUUCUCUGCAUGCCCACACGCUUUGACACGGUUCUGCUGAAAAGUCCCAAUGGGAACGAUGUGGCCCGAACGCUAGGGAGCUGUGAGCUGAGAGGGGCGUGCUACCGUGUCUCACAUCGCGAAUAUUACUUCGAAGUCCUGCUCAACUCGGCCGGGGAAAGGCUGGAACGCUUGAAGGAAAUCGAUGUGGGAAGGUGCCUUGGGGGAUGCCCCGCAGGGAACCGUUGCCUGCUGAGGGAUUCCCAAGCCCCGGACAAGUGCCUUGCGCUGGCGGAGGAAGCCUCCAGCCGUUGCACCCCACACCAGUAUGAGACGCAUACUUUCCGAAGUCGGACUGGCCAGCUGCGCACUGUUUUCUCAAUCCAGGCCUGCAAGUGUGAGGUCUGA